AAAGCUCCAUCGCACACAAAAACAAACCUGUCACAAUUUCCAUCAAAUUUCUCACCCAAACCAACAAAAUGCUGCCAAUCUUCUUCCCUCCAUACAAAGAUUUUGAUACUCCCUUACCAAUAUAAAUACCGCAACACUCCUCCACAAUCCACUCCUCCACAAUCCACUCACCACCACUCUCCAACUAAUUCCCAUUGACUUCAAUCCUCCCCCAAAAAUUUAACAGUCAACAUGGUCAGCACCACCAUCCUCGACGCUCUCAACGUCCGCGUCGUUGGCUCCGGCGACAAGUACGUCGUCUUCGCCCACGGCUCUGGCACCGACCAGUCCGCCUGGCAGCGCAUUCUCCAGUACUUCACGCCAUACUACCGCGUCAUUCUCUACGACCUCGUCUGCGCCGGCAGCGUCAACCCGGACUACUUCGACUUCCGCCGCUAUACCACCCUCGACGCCUACGUCGACGACCUCCUCAACAUUCUCGAUGCCCUUGGCGUCAACCGCUGCGCCUAUGUUGGCCACUCCGUCUCCGCGAUGAUCGGCAUCCUAGCCUCCAUCCGCCGCCCCGAACUCUUCUCCAAGCUCGUACUCAUCGGCGCUUCCCCGAGGUUUCUAAACGAUCGAGAUUACCAUGGAGGAUUCGAGCAGGAGGAGAUUGAGAGGGUCUUUUCGGCAAUGGAGGCCAAUUACGAGGCAUGGGUCAACGGCUUCGCCCCGCUGGCCGUUGGGGCCGACGUCCCGACAGCGGUCCGAGAAUUCAGCCGCACCCUGUUCAACAUGCGACCCGACAUCUCGCUUUUCGUCUCUCGGACCGUGUUCAACAGCGAUCUGAGGGGGGUUUUGGGGCUGGUCCGAGUGCCGUGCUGGAUAAUCCAGACGGCGAAGGACGUGUCCGUGCCGGCGUCGGUGGCGAACUACCUGAGGGACCACCUGGGCGGUCGGAACACGGUGGUGAUUCUGGAGACGGAAGGGCACUUGCCCCAUCUGAGCGCCCCGGGUAUGCUGGCUCGGAAGCUUCGCCACGCCCUUGCGUCGUAGGUGGGGGCGGCGGGAGGGGAGGACUAGCUGCGAGGCGAAGAAUUCAAGUGGUACACAUGUGUUGUGUUGUGACUUGGUGAGAAAUUUUAUAUUUGAAGUUGUUAACUUUUAGCACAUAUAUCUUAGUAUUUGUAUAAUGAUACAUAGGAUAUCAUCUUGUGUACUGAUUACGUUAAAAAAUCUAUCCUGCGGGACGCGUUAAAAAAUCUAUCCUGCGGGACGGGUUCAAGAUGAGGUAAAUAAGCAUGGAGAUAGCGACACGUGGUCCAAUACCUGUGGACAUUAGUCCUUUUGGAGCGAAACUAGUUUUGGAAGGAUAAGAAUCUCCACGUGAAUAUCACGUGAUGACGUAGCCCUCUUUUGUCAAUUAGCAAUGGCCCAAUCCUCCUCCUUUUCUUCUUCCAUUGUUCUUGUGCUUUACGAUAUUUCUUCUUUGGGUUGAAAUCUUUGCCUUAAUUCUGCAAUUGUACUCGACUUCUUAUAUCCAGCUUUUUCCAUUUCACUUUUAAAAAUAUGUUCUCUAUGUUC